CCUCAUAACCCGGCUCCGCCGACCCGGACAUUGACUCAGUCAUGUUAUGUAGUUGUUGACGUUCCAUAUCGUUCUGAAAUGGCCAAGAUUAAGACGUUGAUUGUGUUUGACUUUGAUCACACGUUGGUGGACAGCAACAGUGACCUCUGGGUGGUCCAGUGCGCCCCAGGUCAGAGGUUACCGGACUGGCUGAAGAGCUCGUAUGAGACAGGGCGCUGGACGGAGUACAUGGGCCGAGUGCUGGCGUACCUUGGAGAGCAGUCUGUUCACCCGGAGGACAUCAGGACUGUCAUGGAAACCAUUCCUUUCACAGACGGAAUGGUAGAGCUGUUAACGUUCAUAUCACAAAACAAGAACGUCAUCGACUGCAUUAUAGUCUCCGACUCCAACACACUCUUUAUAGAUUGGAUUUUACAAUCCGGUGGAGUGAAGUCUGCGAUUGAUUGUGUCUUCACGAAUCCUGCCAGCAUUAACGAACGCAAUUACAUAGAGGUGCAGUGUUUUCAUUCGCACGGCUGUGAACAUUGCCCAGUUAAUCUGUGCAAACAGAAAGUGCUAAGUGAUUUCAGAGAGAUGCAGGCCAGUUCCAGUGUGCAUUACCAGGCUAUUUGCUAUGUUGGUGAUGGAGCGAAUGAUCUUUGUCCUAUAAAGAUAUUGAAACAGGGGGAUAUCGCUAUGCCUCGUAGGGGCUACAGUCUGGAAAAGUUGGUGUCCAAAACCAAGACUGAAAAUAAUACACUCAAGGCAAGAAUUGUGCCAUGGAGUAGUGGAAUGGAGAUUCUUGAGGAGUUGCAUGCCCUGCUGUAACAUACCGAACUACAUAAGGGCAAUGUGUUGAAGGAUGUUUUCAUCACUUUUAAAGGGGCGUAUUUACAUAAAUAAAAAUUGUGUUCUGUAACCCAUCCUCCAGCUCUUCAUAGAAGGUCAGUGGUCAGUUUCUCCACAGGACAAAAAGCUCCAGCAACACAGCCCUAAUAUAAAUGCACACGUAUCAAGUUUCUGAUGGAGAUUGGUGAGUAGUAGGUCAAUGAGCUGAAUUUUGCUUUUCAGCAGUAAUGAACAGCAGUGUAAUAUGCAAAAAUCCUUCUGGUUGUUGAGGUUCAGAUACAGCAGAAAUGGUUUUUCUUCCAUUGCUGGUAUUUGGUGGUUUCUUACCUUUCUCCCUUAUAAUAGCCUCUUCUGUUUCAUGUCACUCUGCUCCUGCAUGGACCCUACUUCACAAUGACAAACAAAUAUCAAAUUUAUUUAUAUAGCACUUUUACAACUUUCAAGUCCAAGCUUUACAAUUGUCCAAGUCCAAGCCCCCACUGAACAAGCCAAGGGCAACAGUGGCAAGGAAAAUCUCCCUAGAGCAUGAAGAAGAAACCUUGAGAGGAACCAAGACUCAGAGGAGGGGCCCAUCAUCCUCUGGAUGACAACAGUCACCACAAUAAUAACAAUUUUGAGAGAAAAAUAAUUAAAUAUAUAAACAAUAAAAUGGAAAAAUAAAC